AUGGAACAUCUUGUAACUACGUCAUCAGUUCUGGAACCACCAAUCGAACAUCAUGUAACUACGUCAUCAGUUCUGGAACCACCAAUUGAACAUCAUGUAACUACGUCAUCAGUUGGGGAACCACCAAUUGAACAUCAAACAACUGAGUCAACAGUUCUCGAGCAUUCAGUCAGAAUUGACUCAACUACGUCAUCAAGUCGAGAACAGCAAAUGUCAGAAAAUAAAAACUCCGACGACGACAAGAAAAGUUCGAAUGAAGAUCAAGAUGAUGUUAGCCAAUCGUCAACACCCGACAGUAAAACAACUGAUUUGGACGACCUUACUACUGUUAGUUUGGACUGGGAUUCCUUCAAACCGGACGAAACUUCUCCAAUGACAGCCUCGAGUUCGUAUCGACAUAUGAAUCUACGAUCCUUAAAUUGGAAUAAACAAUACGUUAUACCAUUGUAG